AACCAAGGUCUGCUCUACUUUGGUAGGCAACUUUGUUCACGUUCGGAGGAAAAGAAGCUGUGGAAUUCCUACUCAAAUCGGAUCACGGAUUAAAACCCUGUAGUCUCGUCAGCCGCCUCAUGGUUUCACCCGAUUCCGAAAAGUUGAUCGCCAGAGCUGAUAAACUAACAAAACUAAGUUUGACGAGGUGGUCUGCUGAUUGGAAUCGUGCUACCAGUUUUUAUGAGGAUGCAGCUCGUGGACUUAAGCAGGCGAAAAAGUAUGAGCAAGCAAAAGAAGCAUUUUUGAAAGCCUCAAAAGGACAAGAGAUGCUAUCUUCGCCUUGGGAUGCUGCCAAGCAUAUGGAAUCUGCUGCCUCCAUGGCAAAGGAAUUGUGCACUUGGCUUGAAGUUGCUGACUUUUAUAGACAGGCAUCUAAAUUGUACCGUGAGUGUGGAAGGGCACAACCUGCAUCUGAUGCUCUUGCUGCGGGUGCACGUGCCUUAGAAGAUCAUUCCCCUCAUGAAGCUGUUCAACUCUAUAUUGAAGCCUGUGCUGCUUUGGAAGAGGACGAGAAGGAGCAAAUGGCAUUUGAUCUCUAUUCUGCUGCAGCAAGAGUUUAUAUAAAGCUCGAGAAGUAUGCUGAUGCUGCAGCUAUUCUUUUGAGAUGGGCUUUGGCAGCUGAUAAGUGUAACGCAACCCAUAGCCAAUGCAAGGCAUACCUCAGUGCAAUUAUUGUCCACUUAUAUGCUCAUGACUUCAAGGAAGCUGAGAAGUGCUUUAAUGAUUGUUGUCAGAUUGAAGUAUUUUCAAAUAGUGAUCAAGGACAACGUGCCUCUGAGCUCCUUUCUGCAUACAUUGAAGGAGAUGAAGAAAAAAUCAAGCGAAUUGGUCAAUCGAGUAUAGUUUCACAUCUUGAUAACUCGAUCAUUAAGCUCGCAAGGAAACUACCCACUGGAGAUGUUAGUUCUUUCAAAAACACUGUGGCGAACAGGGAUGAAGAGCCACUUGAUGAGGAUGAUCUAUCCUAGUCCUAGUCAUUGGUGUGCCAUUCACAUGGAUUCUUUUAUUGUUUUGGGUGCAUGAAUGUUGUGAUUGAAAUGAAAUGAUCAAGCACUUCAUAGUUAAGUCUUAUGAACUCUACAUAUUUGCAUCCUUCUGUAUGAUGUGGUUAAUAGUUCUUAUGAUCUACUAAGGAUUUUACUUCCCAGAUUUUUUAUAUGAAAGGAUGAUAGGGGGCUCAGGCCUCGGGUCGUGUAUAAACUUGUUUAUAUAUAACGUCUAUUAAUGAUAUCUGUAAUCAGUAAUCUGAUUACUCGGAAAACCCAAAAUGCAGGAAAU